AGGAAGUGGCGAGCAUGCUAGCCUUAGCUGUGCUACAAGUCAACUGCGACCAAAACAAACGAUGAGGGCCAUUAAAAUGAGCCGAAAAAGGCGUGAAUUGACAACGACAGUUGGUUUAGUUUAAAAGUUUGCGUUGAGAGUUUGGAUUAUUUAUUAGCUAUUGGUCUUUUCUGGUGACGGGCUCGUAGGAAACACUAUAUUUUAGGUGUGAGUUAAGCAGUUUUUUUUUUCUUUCCAGUUGAAACUAUCUGACCAAAAUAAUUUACAGGAACCGUAUGUUUAUUAAUGUCUUCGAUGUUUAGCUUUUAACUUCUUACUCGGUCCUAGCUGCCUGUUUGGCUCCGAAGACUGUGACUUGUGAAGGCAGGUCAGUGAUAAAUAAGAAAAAUGUGAAGACUUAUACCUUGUCGAACCCGCUUGAAGUCAAUUUGUUUUAAUAACUAGCUAGCUUCAGUAUCAGAAUGAGCUGGUUUAACGCGUCUCACCUGUCGAGCUUCGCCAAACAAGCUUUAACGACAGCGCAGAAAUCAAUCGACCGAGUUCUGGACAUCAAGGAAGAGGAUCAAUGGGGUGACACGGUUGUAAUGCCCUAUGACGAUACAUCCUCACCUGGGAAGGUCACUGUGAGUGGAGGAUGGGGUAUGACGCAAUGGGAAGCGCCUGCUGAAGAGAAGGCCACUACUCCUCCUCUCACCUCUGAGGCUAUUACCACCCCUGUCACACGUACUGUUGUGGAUGAAUCUGAAAACUUUUUCAGUGCCUUUCUAUCACCAGGAGAUGCACCAGUGACCAAUUCCAAAGUUGUGUCAAUCCCCCCAGCAAAGACUCAAAGGCAAACUCAGGAGAAGGAAAAGAAAAGCAAAAACGAAGGAGCAGUGCUGCAGAUCAAAAAUGAGGACAAUACUCCAGAACCAGAAGGGCCUACGGAGGAGAGUAUUGAGAGUCAGGUAGUGGCGGACAGCCAACAGCCUGAGGAGACCAAAUCCGCUCUUGCAGCACCUUAUGCUGAUGCCAUCCUCCUUCAGCCGGUUUCUCCUGUUUCUUCUCCAACUGACCACCCUUUCAGUCCAGACAGCACGAUCGACGAUGUAAAAACAGAUACAGAGUCAGUUUCAGCUGAAUCCAAAACGCAAGCAGAAGAUCCACCUGAAAAACAGGUAGAGACCGAUUCCACAAACUCCUCUGAAGCUUCUGAAGAUAAGAACUCUACCCCAGCUGAUAACACAAUCCCCGCAUCCUCCAAGGACGUUCCCUCUGCUCAAAAGGAUCUUAAAGCAGAGGAUCGUCAAAACGAGACACCCUCUCCUCCAGUCAGUGCUUUCUCCUCGGGGACUUCAACUACAAGUGACAUUGAAGUGCUUGACCAUGAGAGCGUGUUGAGUGAAAGUUCUGCCAGCUCCAGACAAGAAACCAGUGAGAGUAAAACUGGGCUUCACCUGAUGCAAGGCUCCUUCCAGCUCCUCACGGCUUCAACCUGUGGAGAUUUUGCCCGACUGGAGGACUAUCACAAACUCACAGAGAGCUGCGGGUCCUCCUCAGAUGCGUUUGAGCGCAUUGAUUCGUUUAGCGUGCAGUCCCUGGACAGCAGGAGCGUCAGCGAGGUUAACUCUGAUGAUGAAGUCCCUGGAAGUCGGACUCUAGCUUCCGUUACUGCUGGCCCGACUCCUCUGUCUUCAACAUGUGAAAAGCAAGAGGAUGAAGUGGAGGAGAGCACAGACGAUGUGAAGGAUGCCCAGGAAGAAGGACUGGUUGAGGCAGGCAAGGAGCAGGCAGUAGACGAGAUGGAGGAAAGUGGGCGAAGUGCAACUCCUGUGAACAGCGAGCAGCCUGACGAAUUGUAUGGCAGCGUUGGUGACGAUACGGUGUUCGGCUCUACCUGCAGUGCAGAAGAAAAGGGGACUCCGCCAAUCACAGAAGAGAUGAGAAGUGUCUCAACUUCACAGAUAUUGGAGCUGCAAAAGGUUAUUGAUGAUCUGUCAAGCCGUCUGGAGAAGAGAGAAUCUCAGCUGCUGGCUGUGAGCAAAGACAAGGCCAGGCUGGAUGAGGAGUGUGACAAUUUGAAAGAUGAAGUGAUGAGCCUGAAGGAAGAGAGCUCCAAUGUGCAAUCCCUGAAAGAUGAGUUCACUCAGCGUAUUGCAGAUGCAGAGAGGAAGGCUCAGUUGGCCUGCAAGGAGAGAGAUAUAGCCAAAAAGGAGAUAAAAGGUUUGCGGGAAGAACUUUCUACGAGACUAAACUCUUGUGAUACAAUGGAGCUAAUCAGGGAGAAGGAGGAGCAGAUCAGAGGUCUGCUUGAAGAAGGUGAGAAGCUGUCAAAACAACAGCUGCAGCAGAGUAAUAUCAUCAAGAAACUGCGUGUAAAGGAAAAGGAAAGCGACAGUAGGAUUACCAAGCAGCAGAAGAAGAUCAAAGAGCAAGAAGAGGAGCUUGGGCAUCUGCAGCAGGUUCUAGAUGGAAAGGAAGAAGUGGAGAAACAACACAGAGAGAACAUCAAGAGGCUGAAUGGUGUGGUGGAGCAGCAAGAAAAGGAGCUAAACAGGCUUCAGACGGAUGUAGAGGAGCUGCAGGAAAAAAACAGGAGCCUUCAAGCUGCCCUGGAUAAUUCUUAUAAGGAGCUGGCGGAACUACAUAAGGCUCACGCUAGCAAAGCAAGCGAGGCCCAGGAGGCAGCCCUAAGCAGGGAAAUCCAGGCCAAAGAGCAGCUGAGUUUAGCUCUUGAGAAGGCUCAGGAGGAGGCCAGAGUCCAGCAGGAGGCGCUGGCCAACCAGGUGGCUGACCUGAGAAUCGCUCUGCAAAGGGCUGAGCAACAGCAGGCCAGGAAAGAAGAUUAUUUAAGGGAGGAGAUCAGUGAGCUUCAGCAGAGGCUACAGGAGGCGGAGACCAGGAACCAGGAGCUCAGUCAGAGUGUUACCUCGGCCACACGGCCGCUUCUGCGACAAAUUGAGAACUUACAGGCAUCGCUGGGAGGACAAACUGCAACCUGGGAAAAACUAGAGAAGAACAUUUCUGACAGGCUGGCUGAUGCCCAGGCACAGCUGGCUGUUGCUGUGGAGAAGGAGCGAUCGGCGUCUGAAGAACUGUUAACCAUCAGGUCUCAGCUGACCUCCCUGGAAUCCCAGAAUUCUUUGCUCCGGCAGGAAAAAGCUAGAGUUUUGGCUCAACUAGAGGCUGAGAAAAGCAAGAGAGAGAAACUGGAGGAUGAUAACAGCAGGGAGCAUGCUGAACUGACAAACUUAAAAGGAGAGCACAGUCGCUUGCUAGAGGAAGUCAAGAAAGAAAAGCUACUGCUAACCAACCAGCUUGAGAUGGAGAAAAUGAAGGUGGAGCAAGAGAAGAAGAAAUGCUAUCUAGCUCAAGAAGCACUAAGAGAAAAGGAGCGGAAAGCCAUGACGCACUCUGUUGGAGAACCCCCGGCGUCAUCGACACCAUCCUUAUCCCGCUCCAGCUCCAUUAGUGGGGCAGAAAAUGUACUCCACACUUCUGUUCUGUCCCAGGAUGACUCUUUGGAUCACUCACUGGGAACCAUGACCAUGUCUAUGUCAAUGAGUGGAACCAACCUGUAUGAAGCAGCCAGAUUGUCUGGAGGCUCCAGCAUCAUAGAGAACCUCCAGUCGCAGCUUAAACUGAGAGAAGGGGAAAUAGCUCAGUUACAGCUUGAGAUCACUUCUUUGGAGAGAAGUCGCUCAGUGAUGGCAGAAGAGCUGGUUCGGCUUACAAAUCAAAACGAUGAGAUGCAGGAGAAAGUCAAGGACAUCCCAAAGUUGAAAGUUCUGCUAAAGGAUCUGGAGCAGAGACACAACACCAUCCUGCAGAUGUAUGGAGAGAAGGCAGAGGAAGCAGAGGAACUUAGACUGGAUCUUGAAGAUGUCAAAAACAUGUACAAAACCCAGAUUGAUGAAUUACUGAAGAAUCAGAAAUAAAAUAUUUUCACUGUUUGUUUUUUUUCCCUUUUCUUACUGGAGUUCUGACUUGACUCUCAGAAUCCCUUUUUUGGCCAUGAAUUCAUUCUUCAUGUUUGCCACAAAUACAUUCAUAUAACAACAAAGAGGAGAAAUUUUAAAUUAUGAGCUGAUUUCUUUGUUUUUAUUAUUCAACGUUUUAUUUCUGUUAUUCUAAACUUGAUUAAAAUGAGGAUACGGUAGUUUUGUGAAUUAAUGUUACAGAGUAGCUAUGAAGGAGCGUCACAGUUGUCGAUUAAUGCAUCAUUUUGUUGUAAUGUUAUAGUUUUUCACUGUAUGAUGGGACACCAAUUUAUUUGCACUGUACAAAUUGUCAUAAUUUGCCAUUUAUAUUCCUAAAAGUUUAAUGAUUAUAUAAGAAACUGUUGUAUAGAUAAAUGCUGGUGUUAACAACAUUGUAUAAAUCACGACACAUGACGUAGACCUAAAGGUAAUCUCAGGUGCUGAUGGUUUGGUUUGAAGCUGUAUACUUGUAAAUUAAUAAAUGUUUAUUGGGUG